ACCCUCCUCCUCCUCCUCCUCCUCCUCCUGCUCGGCUCCAUUACUCCUGAGCCGUGCACUUGUUCCUCCGGAGCCAUCCUCUCUGUCUCUGCCUUUCACUGGAAGUUUCUCAGGUACUCUCACCUGCCUUUUGUCUGGAAGUUAAACAGAAAGUUGUGGUUUCGGUGCGGACUGCUGCUGCUUUACUUCAGCUCCAGGAUACUUGGCAGACUUGCUGGUCUUGUUUUGUCUCUUGCAGGGAAUGACCUGUAUAUCAUGCUGCUCUGGUCCCUUUCUGCUCAGCGUGGGUGAAUCAUUUGAGGUGUGGCUGUCGCUCACAACAAGGGGCUGAACCAUACAACCACAAUAUGGCUAAUAACAUACCAUGGGACUUAGCAACACGUCUUUAAAGAAAGACGUGUUGUCGUGUGUCACACAGGCGAGCCAGAGGCUAGCAGCAGAGCUCCUGUGUCACAACUCCUUUAGUCAAACAGUAAUGUGUAUGUUCUAGUGUCAUAAGAAGACAGCAGAACACGGAAAACAUUAAGCAGAAGUAUAUAUAAACAAGGUAGCCUGUCUGUUUGAAGGCCUGUGAGUCAGCAAAGAGCUUCAAAAACAAAAAUAAAGCUCUGGGGAGAGUUUUUCUCCCCCGGCUUUCCAUGGCCUCCCUGCCUGCUCUCUCAGUCCAGGCAUGACAGUCACCCCUAAGAAACACAGCACUCAGCCCGGUUCCUCCUCUUACAGCAACACAAGUUCCAGAUCAGGUUCGGUGCAGAUGGAUGAGAUCGAUGCGCUGCGUUUGAGGCACUCCUCUGAGGACUCUCUGUCCCUGGCUUCCAGUACUGAGCCCAUCAACCUAGAAGAUCCUCAUUAUGCUCUGCUGCGAGGCGAGCUCGAGUCCGACCACCAGAACCUGGAGGCGGAGUCGUGGAGCGUGGCUGUGGACCAGAACUACCUGAAGGCCCUGAACAAAGAGGCUGUUAAGAGACAGGACGUCAUCUAUGAGUUGAUCCAGACGGAGAUGCACCAUGUUCGCACCAUAAAAAUCCUUCUCCGUGUCUACAUGCACGAGCUGAGGCAGUCGAUGCUGAUAGAGGAGGCCAAGCUGGAGCGACUGUUCCUCGGGGUGGAAAGCCUGCUCACCCUCCAUCAGCACUUCCUUAACCUCCUCAAAGUGCGCCAGAGCCAAAGUCAGGAGGAGGGAAGUCCAAACAACUACCAGAUCAAACAACUGGGGGAUAUUCUCAUCGCUCAGUUUUCAGGUGCACUGGGAGAAGGGAUGAUGGAGUGUUACAGUGUUUUCUGCAGUCAUCAGACUGAAGCCAUCAGCUUCUACAAAGAGCAGCUGCAGAACAACAAGAAACUGCAGGCUCUUAUGAGGAAAAUAGGUCAGCUGCCCCUGGUGCGAAGGUUAGGGAUCCCUGAGUGUUUUCUGUUGGUGACUCAGCGCAUCACGAAAUAUCCCGUCCUGGUGGAGCGAAUCAUUCAGAACACUGAAGCUGACACAGACGAGCACAAGUCACUGGUUCAGGGUUUGACGCUGAUCAGAGACACCAUCUCCCAGGUGAACGCUCAGGUCAGUGAAUACGAGAAAGUGGCUCGUCUGAGAGAGAUUGGUCUGCGUCUGGAGCCAAAAUCUCAGGGCCGGCUGAAGGACGGCCGGGUUCUCCGCAGGGAGGAUCUGCUCCAGGGAAACAAGACGCUGCUGCACGAAGGCACCGUCACUUGGAAGACCUCCGGCAGACAAAAAGACAUCCACGCUGUGCUGCUGUCAGACGUGCUCCUCCUCUUACAAGAGAAAGAUCAGAAGCUUGUAUUUGCUGCUGUGGAUAACAAACCACCAGUGAUCUCCCUUCAAAGGCUGAUAGUGAGAGAAGUGGCUCAUGAGGACAAAGCCAUGUACCUUAUCUGUGCAUGCACCACCAGCAUGCCGGAGAUGUACGAGAUCCACACACGCUCCAAAGAGGAAUGCAUCACAUGGACGGCACUGAUACGGGAAGCUGUGAACUGCUACCCAGAAGAGGCACUGUACCGCGAACUGACUGCCAGACUGCAACACUUUCAAGAUAUGCUAAAGAUGAGGGAUGACCAGAUAAAGCAAAGUCUGACAGAGAAGCAGCAGAUCUUUGCUGCUCUUUAUGAGACUGUGACGGAGCAGGAAACCCCCCACAAAGGGCUGCUGCUCCGAGGAGACGCCUCUGACCUCCAGCUGGGGGGGACGCUGCUCAGAGGAGCCAUCAAUGAGGUGGAAACCCUGCAGAACCUGCUCUCCUCAAGAAUAAAAGACCCAAACCUUCUUAUGGAUGAGAAACAGACGCAGGGGGGGCUGCUCAUGAGGGCUGAGACCUUUGGAGUGGCUGACAGUUACCCUGGAGCAAGCGCCAUAAAAAAUGGAGAUGCAGCUGAGAGGCCAGGCGGCAGCGAUGCCAUCCCGGUGUACAUCAGUCACAACACCAGUGACCCUCAGCUCCGGAAAAGUCACAGCUCAGAGAGCCUCGAGCAGUCGACUGAUGAGGACACACCAGACGGCUAUUUAUCCUCCAUUAACGUACCUGAGGCGGAGGUGUACGACAGGGUGAUACUGCUCGGACAGCGGCUGUACAGCUUAGAGGCGAUCAUCGCCCAGCAGGACAGCCAGAUUGAGCUGCAGCACGCUUUUCAGAUGAAGAGCAAGCAGCCCGCUCGUCAUUACAGUAGCCUGCUGCUCGAGCAGGAGAAGCAGCGCAACUUAGAGAAGCAGAAGGAGGAGCUGGCCAACUUGCACAAGCUGCAGGCGCAGCAUCGAGAGGAGCAGCAGCGCUGGGAGAAAGAGAAGGAGCGGCAGAGGAUGCAGAUUGAGGCGCUGGAGGCUCAGCUGCAGCAGAGGGAGGAGGACUGCCGAAAGUGGGAGGAGAAGCUCAAAGAAGAGAAGGCUGAGCUGGAAAAGUCGAAGGAAGACUAUCAGCAGGACCUGGAGAACCUGAGGGAGUCCACAAAAUCAGUGUACAAGGACAAAGAGCGACUAAGUCAGGAGAUGAAGCGUCUAGAGAAAAUAAAGAAGCUCAUGCCAGGACACUCCAACUAUGAUGAUCCUUCACAAUUCUGGAAUCUCUCCAGUCACCCGUCUUUCAGGGGAAGCACCGUGAACGGAGGUGGGACUUUAACAACAAAGCCUCACAUUUUGCCCACAAACUCCAACGAAAUUCCUCCAAAGGUUCCACCGCGCAGGGAGAGCAUCAGCCCCAUGCCGGUCAAACCCGAGCUGCCGGUCCACCUGAUCAGCACCACCAACCAGGAGCACAAACCUGCCGCCGUGCAGCAGCAGAUCCCCACCAAGCUGGCCGCUCUGUCCAAGGGGAAGGAGAAGGGCUUCAAGACGAAGGGGUCUCACCAGAGAACGCACAGCGCAGCUGGUAUAGACGUGAGCCAGGUGCUGCCCAUCCGAGUGACGGGGAAAGAAGGAGGCAGUCUGAGAGCCAAAAGGAACAGCAGUCCUCAAAGAAUCCACCAGUCAGGAGCCUUCAACCCUCCAGAAUCUGUCCACAAUGUGAAAACGUCUCAGUCCUUCAGCACAAACAAGAGGAGCAGCAACGAGGCGCCGCCACCGCCGCCUCCUUUCCCCAAAGAGGUUCUGGAAAAGGGCAAAGAGAAGGUAAUAUUCCUUUAAUCAUAAAAUACAGACUGGAGUUUGGAUGAUGCCUUGUCCACCAUAAAGACUUUUACACACGGAGAGACCGAUGGACCUUUUAAAAGGACUUUUACACACGGAGAAACUGUUGGAGCUGUUAAAAGACAUUGGACAUGACUUCAUGACAUCCACGUGUAUCCAUUAUGAAGCGGACCGUCACUCUUAUAGCAUUUUAUGGUAUUUAAGCGAAUGUUAGCAUUCAGAUGAGCUGAACAUGGAAAAAAAUAGGUGUACAUUUUUCAGUUUAAAAAUGGAAAAAAGGGCCCAUUUGCACAUUUGGAAAGAUUAUAUUUUAAAGAUACUGGGAAACCUUUUAUUGCCAAAGACUUUCUUGAGAAGUUCUUUUUUAUCAUUUCUAUUUUAAGCGACAGCAGGUUGUCUUUAACCGUUCAGCACUCACGUCUUGACUCUUUUUAAUUUAAUGAAUGAUAAAUGUGGUGAGAGGAAGCUGUAGAUUUGCCAAACAUUUUACUUCAGAGCGAAUCAAGAAGGCUGUGAUAUUUAUCGUGUGGUCCAGUUUGUCUGAUAAUCACAUCAUAAUUUAAUAGAGUAUGCAGAAGAAGCUACAUUUUGGCUGUGAAGUUAUUGUCUGUAAAUACUAUCAUGACUCGGUAUCAGCAGGGUUUUUUCAGGUGACUGCUGGAGGCAUUAAUGAAAAUGUGAGAGACUUAUUUCUGACAUUGUUGUUAAAUAAUGUUCUAGCAUAAUUUAACAUUUAACUCUUUAUGUUGAUGACUGACAGCUGUUGGUUAAAUCUUCCAGAUCCCCACUGAUGGGUCAUUAAAUUAAAAAAAAGAGGGUUGACUUGACAGUUUUGAGUUUGUUUGUUUUUUUGUCAAUUGACUUCAUUUGACUGCAGAAAACCGAAAAAAAAAAAACAAGAUUUGUAACUUGAGCUGACUCAAAUCUAGAGGUGAUAUUUGGGUAUAUUGUAGACUGUAUAAGUAAUGGAGCGAUGUCAGCCGUUGGUUUGUGAACUCCCAUUGAAUCCUCGAGUUUGGCAUCUGGCCAUCGUCAUCUUUUUUUUUUCUUGUAGCUAAAAGCGAACAUAUUUGGGUGAGAGGGUGGAGCUGUGGAGGAGCGAGGGCUGGACCUCAGAGACUGUAGCUACGCUUCACCGACAGCCUGUGACUCAAAGCGUCCUCGCCCUUAAAUAUGCAUGACUAUGGGCCUUAAUGAAAUAUUAACGAAUAAGUUAUACAAUUCAACCCCUGCACAGUUGUCAGGAAUGUAAACAUUAGCCAUAGAGACCAAAAUCAUUUUUGCACCAGGCUGGAAACAUGUUUGUCUGCAGUAAAGUUGGGUAUUUUAACAUGGGGGUCUAUGGGGAUUUACUUUAUUUUGGAGCCAGCCUCAAGUGGCCAAUAGAAGAACUGCGAUUUUUGCUCUUGGCACUUCUGCGUUUGCUUCAUUUUUCAGCUUUGGAGAUUGUCACUUGGAUGUUACCUCACAUGAAUCUCUGGCAUAGACUAAUAUUCAUCACAUUUCAUUAAUUCAUUUCAUCAUACAGUCUGACCCCCGUGCACAACAGAAAAAUUGACCUGUCUAUUUUUAUGAAAAGCAUGCACCUUUCCU